AAUUUUUGUAAAGAAACCCUACUCUGCACCAUAAUGCUUAUUUGAUUUUGGUUGUGCUAUUAAUUAUAAUUUAAAAAAUCUAUUAGAACAUUUAAUGCUUUUGUUAUUUAGUCCCCCGAAUUCAUUAUAUACAAGGAAAUUGUAAAUGUUCUCUCAAUUGCAAAAUUACAUCUCUCUUGAAAAGUAAAUUGAGAGAGUUUUAGACUGCAUUUCUCUUCGAACGGAAUUUCUCCAAUUUUUUUCUUUACAAUCGUAUUUUUUGCUGUGCUCUCAUAUACCAAAGGGAUGGAAGAUCCUAAUCGUAUGAUGGCUCAUACGGGCGGCAUGAUGGCCCCCCAGGGCUAUGGUAUGCCUGGCCAAGAUGAUGCCCAGACAACGGGUAAUGAAAAUGAGGUGCGAAAGCAAAAGGAUAUUGGGGAAAUAUUGCAGCAAAUUAUGAGCAUUUCGGAGCAAUCUCUGGAUGAGGCGCAAGCCAGGAAACACACACUGAAUUGCCAUCGCAUGAAGCCGGCUCUGUUUACAGUAUUGUGUGAGAUUAAGGAGAAGACCGUUCUUUCCAUUCGGAAUACGCAAGAAGAGGAGCCACCAGAUCCGCAGUUAAUGCGUUUGGAUAAUAUGCUAAUUGCUGAGGGUGUUGCCGGACCCGAAAAGGGGGGAGGGGGCGCUGCUGCAGCUUCUGCAGCCGCAGCCAGUCAAGUAGGAUCUUCAUUAUCUAUUGACGGCGCAGACAAUGCCAUUGAGCAUUCAGACUAUCGUGCAAAGCUAGCCCAAAUACGACAAAUCUAUCAUCAAGAAUUGGAGAAAUAUGAACAGGCGUGCAAUGAAUUCACUACGCAUGUAAUGAAUCUUUUACGUGAACAAAGCCGUACCAGGCCCAUCACACCCAAAGAGAUUGAGCGGAUGGUACAAAUUAUACACAAAAAAUUUAGUUCCAUUCAAAUGCAAUUGAAGCAGUCAACUUGUGAGGCCGUUAUGAUUUUACGUUCUCGGUUCCUAGAUGCACGUCGCAAACGUCGCAACUUUAGCAAACAAGCUUCAGAAAUUUUAAAUGAAUAUUUCUACAGUCAUUUGAGUAAUCCAUAUCCCUCCGAAGAGGCCAAAGAAGAAUUGGCUCGUAAAUGCGGUAUAACGGUCUCCCAAGUCUCAAAUUGGUUUGGCAAUAAACGUAUACGCUACAAGAAAAAUAUUGGUAAGGCUCAAGAGGAAGCCAAUUUGUAUGCAGCUAAAAAGGCUGCCGGUGCUUCGCCCUAUUCGAUGGCAGGACCUCCAAGUGGUACUACCACGCCUAUGAUGUCGCCUGCACCCCCGCAAGAUUCAAUGGGCUAUUCCAUGGGUUCGGGGUACGAGCAGCAGCCUUAUGAUAACAGUAUGGGCGGCUAUGAUCCUUCUUUACAUCAGGAUCUUAGUCCUUGAAAACAUUUAUUUGAUAAAUUUUAAAUGAGCUUUAGCUCUUUUCCAAACUAUGAUGUUUUUCUUAUUAUUAAUAAAUUCAUUUUAACCACGAGUUUUUUAUACCUCUUUUGGUUUAUUCAUUUCAUUGUAUUGUCUUUAUCUUUAUUUUAUUUUAUUUUAUUUUAUUUUAUUUUAUUUUAAUCAUUCUCACCUAAUUCUCUUUCUAAUUCUAAAUUUUCAAAUUUUGCCCCUCUUUGUUUUUUUCGUUCACCGGGAUUUCAUGUACGCAUCUAGUAUUUAAUUAUAUUUUUAUUCGUUUUGUAAAAUUGCAUGUACGUACAAAAUAUUUAAAAGGAAUACUGAAAGCUGAAAACUGAUUUCCGCAAUUUGAAUAAUCAGGCUCAUCCGUAUACUUGAAUAAAAUUAAUGUGACCCGAUGUAUACUAAAAUUUAAAGUAAAAUACAAUUUACGCGUAACGAAAAUGAAAAACAAAUAUUUAGCGAGCGUGAAAGUAAAAAGU